AUGGCAGCUGAGUUCACAACCAAACAGCUUUAUGGUGGCGCCAUCACGAUGAGCGUCCCGGCAGACAUGGUCGAUGCGUCAGAAUUCCGACAGGUGCCGGACACACAGGAAGUCUAUGUCGGAAGGGAAAACCCGGACUACUCUGUCAUCGUCGACCUCCUUGAGUGUGUCCCCGGAAACACUGUAACAGAAGCCCUGGACGAGCACAUGCAGGAGAUCACCCGUCUAAACAGCGCCGUAGUCGGCCAGACCAAGGUGCUGAGCCAGCACGAGGUCCGUUCGGGCGACCCGCUGGCGGCACUCUGUGGAGUGAGGGUCUUCGAACAGCAGGUUCCCAAGUUCGGCAAGCAGCAGGACACCGAAAGCGUCAUCAUCACUAUAGCCCUCCUCCGUCUCCGGGCCCCUGCCUCCACGGACGUGUUGAUAACCUUCAACAAGCACGUGACCGGGCCGGAAGAGAAGGUCUCUGUGGCUAGUGUUGAAGAGGCUGCGACAGAAAUGGUCAAAUCUCUCACGGUGCGCAACGUAGCCUUGUUUGUCUCCUAG